CAACUGUUGACUGACAACACUGUAGUUGCACAAAUUCGCUGAAGUUGGUUUCUUAGAACGAAGGUUGUUGGACGUACAGAAGUGUAAUCUUUCUUUUCUUCUGGUCAAGUGAUUAGUUUGCGUGUAUUACCGAAUUUAAUAUUGUUACCGUUUUGAAGACAGUGCAAGUUUUCGUUAAAAUGUUGCUUGUUGCCUGUCAAUUUUUAAAGGACUUCCUGAGAAUUGAAGAGCCUUGUGUUUCUGCGUCUGAAGUUAAAGGGAAAAUAUUUGCUACAUGGGGUUUUGAUGAAAGUGAUGUAUACUUAUUGUACAAUGGCAAACAAGUGCCAGACAGCAGCACUCUUACAAAUGGUAUUGUUCAUGCUAUUCCUCGACUUGUUGGAGGUAAAGGAGGUUUUGGGUCCAUGUUGCGUGCUAUUGGGGCACAGAUUGAAAAGACAACAAACCGUGAGGCAUGUCGAGAUCUCAGUGGGAGGCGGCUUAGGGAUAUAAAUGAAGAGAAAAGGCUGAAGAACUGGAUAGCACAGCAAGCAGAACGAGAGCAGGAGACAUCAGAACGGAAAAGAAGGAAGCUAGAGCGACUUCGAGAGGAACCAAAACAUUGCUUCAAUGAUGAAAUUUAUGAAAGAGAACGCUCCUUGCUGACAGAGAAAGUCAGUGAAGCUGUUGAACAAGGUUACAGGGCUGCAGCAAAGAAUAAUGGAGAUACAGGAUGCAGACAGAAACGAAAAGCAACAGACACUGCACCAAAUGCAGCAAAGAAGAAGAAAGGAUGCUUAUGGUUGGAUCCCGAUGAAGAAGAUUUAAGCUUCUCAAGCAGUGAUGAUGAUUCGGGUGAUGAUAUUCGACCACAGACAUCAGGUAAAGGAGGAGAACUUGUGGUAAAUGACAGUGGACCAUGUGAUGCAGUGGCUAACUCUGAUGAAGGUGCUUCAAGUGACACCUGUAGCGACAAGAAGCCAGAGGAUGCAGUAGACAACGAUUAUAAGAUAGCUGUAGAAACAGCAAACAAAUGAUAUAAUGUUUGAUAAUUGUAAAUGAUUUAAUAUUUGAUGGUUGUAAUAAAAAUUAUGUUGUAAUUAAAUACAUUUUUCAUACAUGUG